ACCUCCCGUUCAUCCUGCACGCGGCGCAUGCCCCCUGGCACAGCUGAUUUCAGGCAACGCGCGGAGGAGAGUAGAGGGGAAAAAGGGGGAGAAGGAUAAUCGAGCUGAAGUCGUCAGUUACCUCUCUUUUUGUCCUGCAUUUAUCUUUUCAUUGUGGAUUGUAAGGCAGCAUAACCUGUGAUUUCUCCUUUGUCGAGAGGGACGACUGAAGCCACUCUAAGAUGUCAUCCAGUCGCCUCGAUCUGGUCCUAAUCCCGACUGAGAGCACGACGCACGCAGUCGCAGAGGCAAAGGUAGACAACAAGACGUCCUGGCCUCAAGGGGAUACAUUUACCUGGCAUGGGGGAGAGCUGCUCUUUAUCCCCACCAUGAUGGCGCUGGGGAUUGUGGGAAAUCUCCUCGUCUUCUACAUCUAUCACUUCCGGUGGAGGAGCUCAACAGUCACACUUUUUAAACGAAUGCUUGCGGUGUUGGAUCUGUGCAACUUGUUCCUGGCCUGGCCGACGCUUCUCGCGAUCACCCUGCACCCCUAUUGCCCGAGCUUCAUGGCAGCCUGUGUGUUCACGUCCUAUGUCGCCCUGGGUACAGCCAUCACCUCAGGAUGUGUCCUGGUCAUCAUCGCUGUGGACAGGUUCAUGAAACUGUGUUUGCUCCGUAAGACCGGCAUCCGAUCUCUACUGGCCAAAAAACUGUUUGCUGCGAGCUGCUUCGUGUCGCUCCUCCUGAACAUCCCCAUAGGAUGGAUCUUUGGCCGUGAUACCAUCCACUUUGUGCAUUACGGCGUCCAGGUCUCUUAUUGCUUCAUCCACAGCGAGAGCAAAUCCACAACCGUUUUCAUUCUCUACGCAUCCAUGUUGGCUGUUGUUUUUCUCUCCAUCACCGUCACCCUCUUCGUUCUCUACUUCAAGAUCGUCCGACAACUUCACCAGCUUUCUAAGAAACACGACGAGCUGAAGAGACGCCCAUCACUCGCCGCUUCCGGCGAGGUGCUUAAAAAACAGAAACAGAGCCAGGUGAUGCGGAGCUCGGCAAUCGUCUUCAUCGCUGUGACUGUCGCGUUUUUUGCCAGUUACGCGCCAUAUUUCUGCACUCUGAUUCUGUCCAUGGCUGACCCCUCCGUGGAAGGGUCAAUGAGUCCAUGGACCAAAGCUCUCUACGACCUGGCCAAAACGUUCCCCAUAAUGAACAACGUGGCAAACCCCUUUAUCUACAGCUUCACAUCGGGGAACUUCCGUAAAGAGGUCAAGAAGAUGCUCACCUUCAAGACUUGCCAGAAGGGAGGGUUCUUCCGACGCCGGGCCUUCUCCCUCAGCAACAGGUCGUACGAGAUGUCACAGUAUUCCGAGUCCAGCCAGAAGGAAGACGCCACAACCGGCCCAUCGAACCAAUGAGAUGUUUAAGGGUGUUGCAUCAUUUCCAAAUUUGUUAAUAGCAGUAUUUUUACUUCCACCUUUUACCUAAUUUUUUUGUGUAAUUAGGCAUAACUAUGUGUUCAUUAUAAAUAUGACAUAAUCCACGAACAAGCCUUAACAGCACCAUUGCACAAUCCACGAGUAGGCCUUAACAAGAAGAAUGCCUGCUCAUAGACAGGCGCAAGAGUGGGGAUGAUUGACGCCAGUCAGAGAGGGAUAUGAGACAGACAGUGGCCUUCCUUGACAGUAGGGCAAUGCUAUUGGAGACAAAAGCAUACAGAAAUGUAUAUUUUGCAAGGCAUGCAAUGUGCAUCGAGUAAGAAUGAGAGUCAGAGCUUAUCCCUAGUUGAAGCCGAAUAGAUGAUUCGAGAUUAACUUCUGAAUAAGACACUAGUUUGGUUCAAGUUCACAUCCCUGUAUAAAAGUAUUGUGCAGAUACCUGGUUUCACGACUGAGUGUGAGCGAGAAAGGAGCCAAAAGAGCCAAUAAAGUAUUUUAUUUUUUAUUUUAUUUGCAAGGCCACAACAUAAGUUCUUGCAGAUUCAGUACUCAAAACACCAAAGUUUAGAAUAAAAAAAUAAUAUGA